GCACUCUGCACUCGUCGCAAGCGGCCAUGUAUCGUCGUUGCGCAGCUUCCUCGUCGCUACACAUGGCGUUCGGAGGUGGUCUUGCAUUAGUCAGACUUUCUGAUAGCUGGCCCAGUAAGAGCCAGAGCCAACGAAUAAAUACAGAAACCCAUGGGCUGAGGGCAAUGCAGAUCGCAAGAUCGUUCAGUUGGAAAGUACUGCUUGCUGAUAGUGCAUCAUCUCGAAUGAGUUCAACGCAAUCCGUCGAUAGAGCAUUAGCUGACCUGAUUGGUAGAAGUGCACGGAUUAUUUAGCGAAGUAGCUGCAUAAGCGGAAGCUAGGGAUCAUCGCGUCUUGCCAUACGUUUCUAUUUCAGACAUCCAGCUCCUCCCCCCACCCGCGCGGGGGCACCUGCAUUGUUUAGCCCA